CGGGCGCGCAGCGCCGCCGCCGCCACAGCAGGAAAUAUCGGAUAGCUCCCACAAUGGACGACGGGAAGCCCGUUUGGGCUCCACACCCAACUGAAGGGUUUCAGAUGGGGAUGAUCGUGGACAUUGGCACUGACAACUUAACUAUCGAGCCUUUGAAUCAGAAAGGCAAGACUUUCCAGGCUGCUAUCAGUCAAGUGUUUCCUGCAGAAGAGGACAGUAAAAAGGAUGUGGAAGAUAACUGUUCCCUUAUGUACUUAAAUGAAGCCACUCUUCUUCACAAUAUCAAAGUUCGGUACAAUAAAGACAGAAUUUAUACCUAUGUAGCCAACAUUCUUAUUGCAGUGAAUCCAUAUUUUGAUAUACCUAAGUUUUAUUCUUCAGAAACCAUUAAAAAAUACCAAGGUAGAUCACUUGGAACAUUACCGCCACAUGUUUUUGCGAUUGCUGAUAAAGCAUUUCGUGAUAUGAAAGUACUCAAGAUGAGUCAGUCCAUCAUAGUUUCUGGAGAAUCAGGAGCUGGAAAGACAGAAAACACUAAAUUUGUUUUGAGGUAUUUGACAGAAUCCUAUGGUACUGGUCAAGAUAUUGAUGAAAGAAUUGUAGAAGCAAAUCCCCUAUUAGAAGCCUUUGGAAAUGCAAAGACUGUUCGCAACAACAAUAGCAGUCGUUUUGGGAAAUUUGUAGAAAUUCACUUCAAUGAGAAGAAUUCGGUGGUUGGUGGAUUUGUAUCACAUUACCUUCUGGAGAAAUCUAGGAUCUGUGUGCAAGGCAAAGAAGAGAGGAAUUAUCAUAUCUUUUACAGGCUUUGUGCUGGUGCUCCAGAAGACAUUAGGCAAAAGUUAUAUUUAAGCUCUCCUGACAACUUUAGGUAUUUAAAUCGGGGCUGUACCAGAUACUUUGCUACCAAAGAAACAGACAAGCAAAUUUUGCAAAAUCGGAAGAGUCCUGAGUACCUUAAAGCAGGUUCCUUGAAGGAUCCACUCUUAGAUGAUCAUGGAGACUUCAACAGAAUGUGCACAGCAAUGAGAAAAAUUGGACUGGAUGAUGCAGAAAAGCUUGAUCUUUUUAGAGUAGUGGCUGGUGUCCUUCACCUUGGAAAUAUUGAUUUUGAGGAAGCUGGGAGCACUUCAGGCGGCUGCACGCUGAAGAACCGCAGCAGGCAGGCGCUGGAGUGCUGCGCCGCGCUGCUGGGCCUCGACGAGGACGACCUGCGCGGCAGCCUCACCACGCGCGUCAUGCUCACCACGGCAGGGGGCGCCAAAGGAACGGUCAUCAAAGUACCCUUGAAAGUGGAACAAGCAAACAAUGCUCGUGAUGCCUUGGCUAAAACAGUGUAUAGUCAUCUCUUUGACCACGUAGUAAACAGAGUAAACCAGUGUUUUCCAUUUGAGACUUCUUCUUUCUUCAUUGGAGUUUUAGAUAUAGCUGGUUUUGAAUACUUUGAACACAACAGUUAUGAACAAUUCUGUAUCAACUACUGUAAUGAAAAAUUGCAGCAGUUUUUUAAUGAAAGGAUUCUGAAAGAGGAACAAGAACUUUACCAAAAAGAAGGCUUGGGGGUUAAUGAAGUGCAUUAUGUAGAUAAUCAGGACUGUAUAGAUUUGAUUGAAGCAAAAUUAAUAGGUGUGCUGGAUAUUUUGGAUGAAGAAAAUCGUCUUCCCCAACCAAGUGACCAGCAUUUUACUUCAACUGUGCACCAAAAACAUAAGGACCAUUUCAGACUCUCUAUUCCAAGAAAGUCUAAAUUGGCUGUUCACAGAAAUAUCAGAGAUGAUGAAGGCUUUAUUAUCCGGCAUUUCGCAGGAGCAGUAUGCUAUGAGACGAUGCAAUUUGUGGAGAAAAAUAAUGAUGCUUUGCACAUGUCCCUUGAAUCUCUCAUAUGCGAGUCAAAGGACAAGUUUGUUCGACAGCUAUUUGAAUCUAACACUAACAACAACAAGGAUCUCAAACAAAAAGCAGGGAAACUUAGUUUCAUCAGCGUGGGAAACAAAUUCAAGACUCAGUUAAAUUUGCUUCUUGAGAAGCUUCAUAGUACUGGUUCUAGCUUUAUUCGCUGCAUCAAACCCAAUUUAAAGAUGACAAGUCAUCAUUUUGAAGGGGGACAGAUCCUCUCUCAGCUUCAGUGUUCAGGAAUGGUGUCUGUUUUGGACUUAAUGCAAGGUGGUUUCCCUUCACGAGCUUCAUUUCAUGAACUGUAUAAUAUGUACAAGAAAUACUUGCCUGAAAAAUUGGCUCGAUUGGAUCCUAGGCUCUUUUGCAAGGCACUAUUUAAAGCCUUAGGAUUGAAUGAAAAUGAUUACAAAUUUGGGUUAACCAAGGUGUUUUUUAGACCUGGCAAGUUUGCAGAGUUUGAUCAGAUAAUGAAGUCAGAUCCGGAUCAUUUAGCAGAGCUAGUUAAACGAGUCAAUCACUGGCUUAUCUGCAGUCGCUGGAAAAAAGUUCAGUGGUGUUCUCUCUCAGUGAUUAAAUUGAAAAACAAGAUAAAAUAUAGAGCUAGUGCCUGCAUUAAAAUACAAAAGACUAUUCGAAUGUGGCUUUGCAAGAGGAAGCACAAACCCCGCAUUGAUGGUCUGGUAAAAGUGCGUACACUGAAAAAGAGACUUGAUAAAUUUAAUGAAGUAGUAAGUGCUCUUAAGGAAGGGAAGGCAGAGACAAGCAAGCAGGUCAAGGAGCUGGAGUGUUCUAUUGAUGCUUCAAUGACCAAAAUUAAGACCACUAUAAUGACAAGAGAACAGAUACAGAAAGAAUAUGAUGCUCUAGUUAGAAGCUCUGAGCAGCUUCUGAGUGCACUACAGAAAAAGAAACAGCAAGAGGAAGAAGCAGAGAGGCUGCGACGCAUCCAGGAGGAAAUGGAAAAAGAAAGAAAGAGACGUGAACAGGAGGAACAACGCCGAAGGAAAGAAGAAGAGGAAAGACGUUUGAAAUCUGAGAUUGAGGCAAAGAGAAAACAGGAAGAGGAAGAGAGGAAAAAGAGGGAAGAGGAAGAAAAGCGUAUUCAGGCUGAAAUUGAGGCUCAGCUGGCUAGAGAACGUGAAGAAGAAUCCCAGCACCAGGCAGUUCUUGAACAGGAACGUCGUGAUCGUGAACUUGCAAUGAGAAUUGCCCAGAGCGAGGCAGAACUCAUCAGUGACGAGGCACAGCCUGAUUUAGGAUUGCGGAGGGGUCCUUUAGUUCAAGCCACAAAAGCUGCUGCUGGUACUAAGAAGCAUGAUCUCAGUAAGUGGAAAUACGCAGAGCUUCGUGAUACAAUCAAUACAUCUUGUGAUAUUGAACUAUUGGCAGCUUGCAGAGAAGAGUUUCAUAGACGGCUAAAGGUAUAUCAUGCUUGGAAAUCCAAGAAUAAGAAACGCAAUGCAGAAAUGGAACAACGUGCACCUAAAUCAGUCACAGACUAUGAUUUUGCACCAUUUUUGAACAACUCAACUCAACAGAACCCAACAACUCAGCUACCAGCCAGACAGCAGGAGAUUGAAAUAAAUAGACAACAGCGUUACUUCCGUAUUCCUUUCAUCCGUCCCAUGGACCAAUACAAAGAUCCACAGAACAAGAAGAAAGGUUGGUGGUAUGCGCAUUUUGAUGGGCCAUGGAUUGCUCGGCAAAUGGAACUUCAUCCUGACAAGGCACCCAUUCUCCUUGUAGCAGGUAAGGAUGAUAUAGAAAUGUGUGAGCUUAAUCUUGAAGAGACUGGCUUAACUCGAAAGCGAGGUGCUGAAAUUUUGCCGAGACAGUUCGAAGAGAUUUGGGAGCGCUGUGGAGGUAUCCAGUAUCUUCAAAAUGCAAUUGAAAGCAGACAAGCUCGUCCUACUUAUGCUACGGCCAUGCUGCAGAAUCUAUUGAAAUAGUCAUUUUCCACAACAGCAUUAAAGAUGUGAACCCUUGCCUGUGAUACAAAGGGAAGAGUUCCUCUGUGCCACAGAGGAUGUAAACAUUCUAUAAUUAUAUUAGAGAUGUUUAAUAUAAAGUGAACAGAUUUUAUUAAUCAUGUGGCUUGUUAAUUUGCUUUAUGAUGUUUAAUUUGUGUAGUGAGCCUACUAGUUAUGUGGAUCUUGAAGAAAUUACAGUCAGUGCAGUUUAUCAUAUUCUAAGUUGCAUUGUCUUUAAAAGUUUCUGUUAUAACUCUUUACCGCUUAUAAGUAAUCUCACUGUACUUUGGUACAUAGUAUAAAGAACUGGAUUGCAACCACCUUUUUGAAAAAAAUCCCUCUUUAAUACACUGAAUAGUUGGCUUUAAGUGGUGGCCUAGUAAAGAAGAUACAUUGUAUCUCAUACCUGGACUUGUGAGGCCUUAGCUUUGACUUCUGUUUCUGAGAAGUUGGAGUAUACUUUUAUAUGAUCUGAGACAUUUUAUGUCGUGAUUUGAAAUCUGCUUGAUGUUUGUAUUUACCGACUUUUUCAAAAACUGAUGGGAAUUCCUCUUAAACUUAGAGACUCAUGAAUUCCUGCUUAAAUGCAUCCUCUCUCUUGAUUUAAGAUAAAUGGUUUUCUGUACAUUCUGGGAAGAGCGUUCAUAUAUGUCAAUACAUGUAAUAUUGGAGGUACUCAAAGAACGUACUGCUCAUUGGCGCUUACACCUCUUUUCUUUUAGGGAUUUUUUUUUUUUGAAGUACAGAUUUCCAUUAGUUCUU